CUUGGCCGACUGAUGGAAGGUUCACGAAAAACUAAUUAAGAAUGAAUACUUUCAAGACUUUGUCAACGAAGAGUUUAUUUAUGAAGACAUUAUUAAUGCUUGUUAUUGCCUCGUUUGUCCAACCGAUCGACAAGAAUUUAUGAAAGACUGCUUUAUUGAGGCAGGAAUUAUCGAGGAGUCUGAAGCUGAGCACCGACUAUCAUUUGUCAUUAAAGCUGUCGCUGUAGCUCAUUUUCAUCUUUCCCUUGACAGAAACGAGACCGAUAUCCAAAAUGACCAAGAUUAUUGUGUUGUUGAUUUAGGCAAUAUCUCUACUGGAAUAGCAAAGGUUUAUACAGCUUCCACUGAAUCUCUUAGUACUAUUACGGCAAUUUCUGACGAUAUAGCACAUGGCUUAAUAAAUUUGGGCAUCAAGUUCAAAGCACGUCCGUUAGAAAAUAUGACAGACUUAAAUCUAAACAUUCCACUCAUUGAUCGAUUUGUCCAGCCUUUUUUCGAAAAGAUUAAGUAUGCAUAUCGUAUGGUUACUGGCAUCUCACAAAAAGAUAUUGAUGGAAAUCUCAUUGAAUUUACGUAUGAAGAUUUAAACAAAAUUGGAUUAAAACCAUUUGUCGAAAACAUAGCUAAAGUUGUAUUAAAUGCUUAUGGAACACAAGACCAAUGCAGCAUGUUUAUCUCUAAAAACUAUGGUAUCAAAUCACACUUUAUUGAAAAUCUUAUAGCCAGAGAUAAGGGGAAAUUGAAGCAUUAUCAUUCUAUUGUUGAAGAUUCACUUGUAAUGGUUUCCUCGGGCGCUGUCUCUUCAAAAAUAAGCACAUACAAAUCGCAAACUCCCUUCUUUCUUAAUGAGGAAUGCCGGUCCCUAUUUUCUGAUAAAAACCGUCCCUUCCCAGAACCAGUGAUAGAGAAAGCCACUGAUAAUAUCAAUGAAAAUGAUGCCUAUGACUUUAUUGUCGGAAUUGAUUUUGGUAACAGUUUUUCUGGAUGCUCUUAUGUUCAGCUUAGGGAUAAGAAUGGAAAACCUGUAGAUACAAAAGAAAUCAAGACCAUAAAACAGGACUGGUAUAUGAAGCCCGAGAGUAUUAAAAACACCAAAAACACCAAAAACACUUUAAUCGAUAAUCGUAGGCAAGAAGGGAAUCUAAAUAAUUUCGAAAAGACCCCAACCUUGUUAAUGCGUAACAAAAUGAAGUCAAAAUAUUGGGGUGAAGAAGCAAGACUUCAGGUCAAACAUCAUAAAGAUCUCAACCUUCUGAAAAACUUCAAACUGUUUUUAUGUCCGAAAUCUUUAGAAAAUUUUAAUGGCUACACUGGUGAUCUGCAAGAACUAAAAAAACAAGGACAAUUUCCUAAUGAUGAAAACCCAAAAAACGAAGUGGAUGUGGUCAAAAUUAUAGCUGAUUAUCUCAAGCUUUUCAAAAAUCAUGUUAUUGAGUACAUCGUUAGUAAAGAAAUGGAGGAAAACUUUGGUUUUUUUACCAGGCCAAAGCUUUUAAAAAAAUACAAAAUCCGAUAUGUGAUUACUGUGCCUGCUAUGUGGAAUGCAUCAGCCCGAGACAACAUGAUGCAAGCUGCAAUUGAAGCUACAAUAAUUAAAACAAAUGAGCUCGAUCAGCUUUUUAUGAUCAGCGAACUCGAGGCAGCAGCACUAUACUGCGAAAAGAUAGUUACUGAGAGCUUUAAUGGCUUGAAAGGCAAUACAAACGAUACAAACUUCAUUGUCUGUGAUGCUGGAGGAACAACUGUGGAUUUAUUCACAUUUAAUUUACAAGUUGAUGAAAAAAAAAUGUCAGUGGUUUCUCAAAUUGGCAACGGUAUAGGUGAUACCUGUGGCUCAAAUUCUCUUGAUCUAAGAUUUAAAGGCUACCUCAGGGACUUCUAUAACAGUUUUGGAGUAAAUACAGGCAAAUCAAAUAUUCUACUGGACGAUAUCAUGCAGAAUUUUGAAUACAACAUCAAGCCAAAUUUUAUGCCUAGUUUGCAGGAUGAUAGUUGUUAUGAUAUUAAUUUUCUUGGAAAGGAUCCCAUAGAUUCUACCUGUAAUUCUGAUUCCAUGAUGGCUAAUGGGAAUAUAACGCUUAAAAUGAAAAACCAAGAUAUGAAAGAGAACAUAUUUGAUCCCAUAGCUGAGCGUAUUUUGGCCCUUAUAGAUGAUCAGUUAAACCAAGCAAAAAAAGGAAAUAUACGAAUUGACGCAAUUUUGAUGGUUGGUGGGUUUUCCCAAUCCAGAUACCUGCAACAACGUAUCAAAGACCAGUACAAAGGUGUGUGUUAUGUUAGUGCUCCUUCCGACGGUGCUGCCGCUAUUUCUCUUGGUGCAGUGUCUUAUGCCUUGAAUCCCCGUGUGGUGACAAAAAAAACUGCUCAAAGCUCCCUCAGCUUAAUGGUACAAGCACCGCUUGACAAAGCAUUGACUGAUUCAUCAGAGAAAAUGAAGGGACCCAAUGGAGACUUGAACUUUAAAAAAGACCGCUUAGAGUAUUUUGUAACAAAAGGUCAAGAAUUCGAACAUGGGAGACGAACAUUAUAUAUUAAAAAUAUACAUGCUGUAUACCCCAACGCUGCAGUAAUAGCAAUCUUCGCAUGCGACUCGGAAGAGGAUGCUAAUAACAGAUACCUUACUAAGAGCCAUGUUAACAUAAUGGAAACCAAAAUUAUUAUGCCGCAUAUGGCUGGAAUAGAUGGGAGAUUAAUCCACUUCAAAGUUAGCCUUCAAAUAGGGCUUACUGUAGUUCGUGUGACAAUUGAAUGUCAAGAUCAACUAAUCAACUCAGAAGUUCAAAAGAUCACCAGAAAUCAAAGGUCGUCUCUUAAAAUUAUGUUAAUGUGCAGUCUUGUGACGGGCACCUAAAGACCUGUCAUUUCACAUCCGCAAAAAAAAACCGGCUAUCUAUUUGAUAUUAGAGAGACUUCAAGACAAAAUAAAAAAUAUUGGUUGAUUUGUUUGCCAUUUAACAAUUCAAAAAAAUCUGAUUU